CAAAUUUAAUAACAGCUGGAUGGAUAUUGAAACCUAAUUUUAAUUCUUCAAAAUCAAUCGAAUCAGUUAAUGUCGUUUAUUUAGUUGAUAUUGAUAUUAAACUUGACACAGUUCCAUCAUCAAUUCUCAAAUCAAUCAAUCUUCAAACUCCAUUAUGUGUUCAAAAAGUUAAUGAAAUUAUGCAUAAACAUGGAUUUCCACCAUUUGUAUCAAGAAUAGAAUCAAUAAAGUUAAUCAAUAGUGAAUUGGAUAUCAAAACUUUUCAAUCCAAUUUCACCUUUAAAUCUAGUAAAGAAGAAGGAAUUAUUGAAAUUCAUACAUCCAAGAUUAUGUAUCCAAAUGGAUUUGAUAUCACUAUUAUAUCUCAAAAUGUUAAAAUUCCAGUAGCAAGUGCUUCACCUCUUAAAAAAAUUAAUAAAGUAAUAGAAAAUUCAACAUCUAAAACUAAAUUAAUUGACCAAAAAACUACUACUCCCCAGAAUACCCUUAAGAGUACUACUCCCCAGAAUACUAUUAAGAGUAUUACUCCCCUGACUACUCCCCAGAAUACUAUUAAGAGUAUUACUCCCCAGACUACUCCUCAGAAUACUCUUAAGAGAACUACUCCUCAGAAUACUUUUAAGAGAACUACUCCUCAGAAUACUCUUAAGAGUACUACUCGCCAGAAUACUCUUAAGUCUAUUCCCGUUAAUGAUAGUAACCAAAUUAAUAUUCGACAU